AUGAAUAACAACAGAAUAGGAAUUUAUCAUUCUGAAUUAAUUAACCAAAACUCAACAGAGCCUAGAAGUUUAUGUGAAUAUUUUCGAAAAAGAAAAUUAGCAUGGAUGAUAUUUUUAAUUAUUAUUAUUAUGAUUGCUUCAAUAAUAAUUAUUGUAAUAAUUAUCCAGAAGACAAAAAUGAAUCAAAAUGAUAAUAUAUGGACGGCCGAAGUACAAACGACAGUAUUGAUAACAGAAGAUUUAACAAUUGGAGUAACAACGACAGAAGGNUAUUUCUGA